AUGCAAAUUCCAAAUGUUCCGUCGCAAAUGUUUUCAAACUUUGUUGUGUUUCCAGAUCAACAAUCGUCAAAUCAACCUCAACCCCAAACUCAAACUGAAACUCAAACCCAAACCCAACACCACCACCAACUUGUCGAUGAAUCGGAUGACGCGGAAGAAGAAGACAUGGUUCCCGAAACUCAACCAACACCAACACCACCACCACAAAGACGUAAAGGGAAAAAACAAGUGCGCGAGGGUGUCGCACAACCGGGAAGACAAAAGCCGACACUAUGGGUUCCACACGAAGAGCUAGUUUUGGUCAAAGCUUGGGUUGAUAUUUCUGAAGAUUCGAUUCAGGGAAACGCACAACCGGGAGAACAUUUUUGGUUUCGCAUUUUAGAACGAUUUCGAAAGGAGCUAGGAAAAUGUGACGACUACCGUACGAAACAUCAACUUAACUCGAAGUUUCGAGAAAUAGCAAAGGGGGUUUCAAAAAUUAACGGGUUGUACAACAACCUAAAAACCAAACGAAAAAGCGGCCAAGACGACGAAGAAAUACUUCAAAAAGCGUUGCAGUUUUACCUUGAGGAAUUCAAGUGGCACGAUUGUUGGAAAUUAUUGGUCCGAAGUCCUAGGUGGAAAAAAUACGAGCGGGAUUUUAUUUUUGGAGUCCAACAAUCAAAGCAAACGAAAACUGGCUCUAGUGGUUAUACAACCUCCUCCGAUGCUCGGGUCAGUCUAGAUUUAAAUCAGGACGACGAACUCGAGCUAGAAGAAAUUGAACGCCCAAUGAGUAGGGACAAAGCGAAGAGAAAAGGAAAACGGACUUCUUCGAGUGCAUCUGAUUUCAGCGUGGACAUUGACGAAAUGCGUAAGAUAACAUCGUCGUUUGAUCGAUAUAAUCUAAAUUUCUCCGAACGUUUGGCUUUCGACAAAGAAAAAGAAGAAAUAAGGAAAAAGGAGCGGACGGAGAGACAAGAAAUGGAAGACAUGAAGUUUUUGAUGGAAAACGUCGAUCACCUCUCGGGACCGGCUCUCGAGCUCGUAAUGAAGAAGAGAGAAAAAAUUCUGAAAAAAUAUUUUCCUUAG